GAUGGCGAGUCGACGCUCCGGUCCUUUCACGACUACAGGUGGGACCUGGACAAGGACUUCCUCGGAGGCCUCGUCUUGGCCCUCGGCGGCCACCACGCCCUCGCGAUGAAAGCCUCCCAGGCCGACAUCAUUAUGCACUCGCGCAUCUUCUACUUCGCCCGCAUCAGCGGCCUGACUGUCGCCUACGCUACCUACAGGGCCUGGCUGCGAGAGCAGUAUCUGGCUGGCCAGCAGCCUCGCAUAUGGGAGCAGCUUCUUGGCUCCGAGACGGGGGCUGGAGCUGCACAUGAAGACCCGUCAGCUCCAGAUUGGAUGAGGGCCGCACCCAAAGGCGAGCUAUACGUUGAGCGGCCGUCGGCUGCCAACGAGGACGACGAAGAGUCCGACCACGUCCCCUACCCAGAAAAGUUCGCUGCCAUCAUCCAGGCGGUGCAGUCGGGCGAGCCGGUGGAAGGCAUCAUACAGAUUCCUGAUGUCGUGGCCAGGAAUCCGACUACAACGCCCUUUGGCUCGAUGCAGAGGCCUCGGAAACCCUGGGAGAAAGAUCAGCCCGUGGCAGACGGUACCUCGGAGGCGAGGGGGCAUGGACUGGAGGGUGCUCUCGACCAGUCAUUCCCUGAGCAAGAGGAGACGGCAGAG